UAAAUAUUACGUUGCAAAAUUUGGAUGCAGUCGAUGGUUUUUGUUAGUAAACAAUUUUACUUUCGGCGAGUAGGAACGCCAUGUUAUUGGCCUUUCCAAUUAUCAAAAUGACUUGAAAUAGAUUUCAUUCAUUGGGUAAAGUCAUAAUAACAAAAUGAGCGAAAUUGAACGGCUUAAAACUGCUGAAAAAGCAAUAAUAUCUCAGCCGAAAGGAAAUGUUAGCGACGAUUACAAAUUUAGGAAUGAAAAUGGCAGUGAAACGAAAAAUGGAUCGGAUUUUAUUAAUGUAUUAACAGAACAUAAUGAAAUAAUUAUUCAUCAAUUACUAGAUGUGGUUGAAGUUCUUCUAGGAUGGCAGAGAAAUAGCAGAUACCAAAUUUUAGAUAAAGAAGGAAACCAAAUUAUUUAUAUUUUUGAGGUUGCUGAUUGUUAUGCUAGACAAUGUUUGGGUGGAAUGAGAGAGUUUUCUAUGAAAGCAACAGAUGAUGAUGGUGUAGAGUUGUUAUCUGUUCAUCGGCCAUUACGCUGUACAAGUCGUUGCUGUUGGAUUUGUUGUAAUUUACAGGAGCUUGAAAUCUUUAGUCCACCAGGAAAUCAUAUUGCUACCAUCAAGGAAAUAUGGACAUGUUUAAUUCCAACGUACACAAUAGUUGAUCCUACAGAACAAGAGUUGUAUAAAAUGGUGGGAGAAUGUUGUCGGUGUAAACUUUGCUCAAAUAAUGUUUUCAAGGUUCUGGAUACAGGAGGUGAAGUUGUUUGUACUGUUAGUAAGAUAUGGGGUGGUUGUAAAGAUAUAAUAGGUGCAUCCAAUGAUUACACAGUACAAUAUAAUGAAAACUUAAGUGCUCAUGAAAGAACUAUUAUUCUUGGUGCCACAUUUCUUGUGGAUUUUAAUUAUUUUGAAAAGCAUGGAAGAUGCUGGUGAUGUGAUGCAAUGAGGCUAAGGUUCUUGGAAAUCAGUACCAAGAAAAGACUGAUUUCUUUUUAUUUUCUGUAUUAUUUGGUUAAAGAUGCAUUAUGUAAGAGCUAAAUUUUCUCAAUUGUUAAUUUGACAUUUAUUCACAUGACAAGCCCAUAAUCAAAUAUCUAGAGAAUCGAAAGGCUGUGAUUUUGAAUGGAUUGAAACAUGUUCGCCAUUUAAUAAUUUGAUUUAAAAAUGGAUAAUCAAGACUUAGUUUAUUAUCGAAACAACGUAGCAAUGAUGGUCGAGACUACACUAUUCUUCAAACAGUCAAAAAUUUGCUCAGAAUGAAGUAAUUUGACUGAAAUUUUAAAUAUAUUCAUUUUUCUUUAUCUAUCUUUAAACUAUUAUAGUGAAAACUGUCAGCUCUUUCUGUAAAUCUUACACAAAAAAGACUGUCCUGUAAAAUGAAGAAUGCUAUUGAAUUUCAACAGUUUCUGUUUAUUACUUCUAGAGUUAUGGCCAUGUUUCACUUUGUUGAACCUUGUAAACACUCUGUGAUCUUCCGAUCUGUAUUAAAUUUAUAUGCAUUUUUUAAACUUGUAGAACGAAAAAAACUAUUGAAUUUCCGAAAUUUCCUUUAAUUAUUGUUAGAAUUAUGGCCCUCGUUUCAUUUUGUUGAAUCCUUCACGACAAAAGCUAUCAUCCGAUCUGUAAUAAAUUCACGUAAAUUAUUUGGAUUAGUAAAACGAAGAAGCCUAUAGAAUUUCAACAAUUUCCGUAUAUAUAUCCUAAAGAUAUGGCACGUGUUUCACUUUGUUGAAUCUUGUGAACGCUCUGACGACAGAAGUUAUAAUCUGAUCUGUAUGAAAUUGAUAUCAGUGUCUUGUAAUUGCACCCAUUACCUACAAAAGAAUAAAUAUAUGACAACCUUUGUUGACUGCUCGGACAAUUUAGCUGCUUUGUUGCCUGGAAACCGUAGGAUUUCGAAUGUCCUCUAUUUGAUUAUGUGCCUGGUAAAACACACUAUCGUUUUAAAAUUAGGAGAAACUGUCAAAUAUUUUGCGGCAUCUAGGGAACUUUUUAUUUUUGAAUAUGAACAGAGUUGAUUUAACGUUUACAGUGAAGACUGUGGGUAUAUCAUCAAGAUAUUAUAUCAUAAAACAGCCUACAGUAGUGGAGAGCGUUCAAAGACAAAUCAUUGGACCUGCUAAGAUUUAUUUGGAAAUGAAUUUAACUGAGAAUAUUUGUUUCAACCUUUCUGUAUGGGCAUUUUACUGACGAACCCUUCAAUAAACAUUGGCAAAGUGAUGCAAAUUUCUCAUGAAUUGUUGAGGAAAAAUCUGUGAUAAAGCAGUAUGUGUUGCCAUGUGUUUUCACUGAAGAGAAAUAAUCCUGGGUGUACACAGGAUUCAAGACAGGACUAGUUUUUAUAAUACCAACAGUAGAUAAACUUUGACUAAUCUUUUUUCACCUAGACAUUUACAUUUUUAAUGUCAUGGAUUUAUGAAUUUUUUGUUAUUAAUAUCUUUACAUUAAUAUUUCAUUAGUGCCUUUUUUAUGUACCCACUUUUAAUGUAGACGUAUAUUGUUGUCAGUAUAUUGUUGUCACCAGUGACCGUCGGUUCAUCUCUGUCCACAAUAGAAUUUAUCGACUUUGAUUUUACAGAUGGCACUGAUGACUAUAGGCUACUGCUGGUUGGUUCACUAUGUGGCCUGACAAACCCCAUUUGUCUUUUUAGAAUUAUUUUACAGUCUAACUUUGUUAUUUAUUUUAUUUAUAAAGAAAUAUAUUUUUGUUAACCUUGAAAUUGUUAUUUUAUUAUGUUCCAGUGUGAACUCGUCUCACUUGCCAGCGUCAGGUCAGGAAUAACUAAUGACCUGGUUGCUUUGUAUUUUAUUUGGUUUUAAACAUACUGGUGCAGCUAGAAUUUUACUGAAUGCCUCUUAAAAUUGGUACCUAUACUUUAACUGAAUGUCUCAUAAAAUUGGCAGGUCUAAUUUCGUGUGGAAUGUAUUAGCCAGAUAUUGAUGUUAAUAUAAUAACAUAUGAAUAAACCAGUCUUACACUUCA